AUGGAGCCGUGGAAGCAAUGCGCGCAGUGGCUCAUCCACUGCAAGGUGCUGCCCGCCAACCACCGGGUGACCUGGGACUCGGCGCAGGUGUUCGACCUGGCCCAGACCCUCCGCGAUGGAGUCCUGCUCUGCCAACUGCUCAACAACCUCCGGGCGCACUCCAUCAACCUGAAGGAGAUCAACCUGAGGCCGCAGAUGUCCCAGUUUCUCUGUUUGAAGAACAUAAGGACAUUCCUCACGGCCUGUUGUGAGACAUUUGGAAUGAGAAAGAGCGAACUGUUCGAGGCAUUUGACCUGUUUGAUGUCCGUGACUUCGGAAAGGUAAUAGAAACAUUAUCGCGACUUUCUCGCACACCUAUCGCGUUGGCCACAGGGAUCAGGCCCUUCCCGACAGAAGAAAGCAUCAAUGAUGAUGACAUCUACAAAGGCCUGCCUGAUUUAAUCGAUGAAACCCACGUGGAAGAUGAAGAGGGUCUGUAUGACUGUGUGUAUGGGGAGGAUGAAGGUGGCGAGGUAUACGAGGACCUGAUGAAGGCGGAGGAAGCUCAGCAGUCGAAAUGUCCAGAAAAUGAUAUACGAAGUUGCUGCCUAGCAGAAAUUAAGCAGACAGAAGAAAAAUAUACGGAAACCCUGGAGUCAAUAGAAAAAUAUUUCAUGGCACCAUUGAAAAGAUUUCUGACAGCAGCAGAAUUUGAUUCAGUAUUCAUCAACAUUCCUGAACUUGUGAAAGUUCAUCGGAACCUAAUGCAAGAGAUUCAUGAUUCCAUUGUGAAUAAAAAUGACCAGAACUUGUAUCAAGUUUUCAUUAACUACAAGGAAAGGUUGGUUAUUUACGGGCAGUACUGCAGUGGAGUAGAGUCGGCCAUCUCUAGUUUGGACUACAUAUCUAAGACAAAAGAAGAUGUCAAACUGAAAUUAGAGGAAUGUUCUAAAAGAGCAAACAAUGGGAAAUUUACUCUUCGAGAUUUGCUUGUGGUUCCUAUGCAGCGUGUUUUGAAGUAUCACCUUCUCCUUCAGGAGCUCGUCAAACAUACCACUGAUCCUAUGGAGAAGGCAAAUCUGAAACUGGCUCUUGAUGCAAUGAAGGACUUGGCACAAUAUGUGAAUGAAGUGAAAAGAGAUAAUGAGACCCUUCGUGAAAUUAAACAGUUUCAGCUAUCUAUAGAAAAUUUGAACCAACCCGUUUUGCUUUUUGGACGACCUCAGGGAGAUGGUGAAAUUCGAAUAACCACUCUAGACAAACAUACAAAACAAGAAAGGCAUAUCUUCUUAUUUGAUUUGGCAGUGAUUGUAUGUAAAAGGAAAGGUGAUAACUAUGAAAUGAAGGAAAUAAUAGAUCUUCAGCAGUACAAAAUAGCCAACAAUCCUACAACUGAUAAAGAAAAUAAAAAGUGGUCUUAUGGCUUCUACCUCAUCCAUAUCCAAGGACAAAAUGGGUUAGAAUUUUAUUGCAAAACAAAAGAUUUAAAGAAAAAAUGGCUGGAACAGUUUGAAAUGGCUUUAUCUAACAUAAGGCCAGACUAUGCAGACUCCAACUUCCAUGAAUUCAAGAUGCACACCUUCAACCGGGUUACAUCCUGCAGAGUCUGCCAGAUGCUCCUGAGGGGAACAUUUUUUCAAGGUUAUUUAUGUGUUAAGUGUGGUGCCAGAGCACACAAAGAAUGUUUGGGAAGAGUAGACAAUUGCAGCAGAGUUAAUUCCGCUGAACAAGGGACGCUCAAACCAUCGGAGAAACGGACCAAUGGACUCCGAAGAACCCCCAGACCGGUGGAUCCAGGUUUACCAAAGAUGCAGGCUAUUAGGAACUACAGUGGAACGCCGCCCCCCGCUCUUCAUGAAGGACCCCCAUUACACAUUCAGGCAGGGGAUACAGUUGAACUUCUGAGAGGAGAUGCACACAGUCUGUUUUGGCAGGGUAGAAAUUUAACAUCUGGAGAGGUUGGAUUUUUUCCGAGUGAUGCUGUCAAGCCUUGCCCAUGUGUGCCCAAACCAGUAGAUUAUUCUUGCCAACCCUGGUAUGCUGGAGCCAUGGAAAGACUGCAGGCAGAGACUGAACUUAUUAACAGGGUAAACAGUACUUACCUUGUGAGACACAGGACCAGAGAGUCAGGAGAAUAUGCAAUUAGCAUUAAGUACAAUAAUGAAGCAAAGCACAUCAAGAUUUUAACAAGAGAUGGCUUUUUUCACAUUGCGGAAAAUAGAAAGUUUAAAAGUUUAAUGGAACUUGUGGAGUACUACAAGCAUCAUUCUCUUAAAGAAGGAUUCAGAACCUUGGAUACAACUCUGCAGUUUCCAUACAAGGAGCCAGAACAUUCAACUGGACAGAGGGGUAAUAGAGCAGGCAUCAGCUUGUUAAGUCCAAAGGUGCUGGGCAUCGCCAUUGCUCGGUAUGACUUCUGUGCCAGAGAUAUGCGAGAACUGUCCCUGCUGAAAGGAGACGUGGUGAAGAUUUACACAAAGAUGAGUGCAAACGGCUGGUGGAGAGGAGAAGUAAAUGGCAGGGUGGGCUGGUUUCCAUCCACGUAUGUGGAAGAGGAUGAAUAA